CCCCUAUCUAAGCCGGCCUUGAUAAAGGUACACCUAUAUACCGGAGAUGAAAGAACCCAAAAGGCAGAGUAGUCUGAGCUUGACUCUGAUCCAUCUUGUCCUGCCUUAGCCCAUAAGCGAAUACGCAUGAUUUAUGAACGAACACUCAUAGGCUAACCUUGAGUUUUCCUCAAAGUAUUUUAGGACCUGGUUUGGCUAGACUGGUUGGUUUGCUUAUCUACAUUUGAAGGCCGAACAGGUGAGCCUAUUAAUAGAGUGGGCCGUCUAUACAAUACACCACCAGCGGUAUAACUAAAGCCUGAUAAACCGUUAGAUUUAAAUCUUCCAUCGGAUCCUGUCCGUUCAAUUUACACCUUUCCUCACCUACAUGUUACUCUACCAUAAUUGAGAACUACAUCGACAGAAAAAAAAGAAAAGAAAAAAAACUGAAAGAAAAUAAAAGAAGAAGAAGAUUAGGGCUUUCAUUGGAUUUGAGUAAGAGGAAAAAGAGUUCGUGUCUUCAUCUUCUUCUUCUUCACUUGGGUUUCUCUCAUUCCCUGUCCGAGAAGCUUUUAAGAUACUAUCAAGAGGCAUGUCUUCUGAUACUACUGCCAAGGAAAAUGUAGCUGUUGUCGAUUGGAAACAAGAUAUAGCAAACUCCGAUGAUCCAGAGAGUUCUUGCUACAGAAGCAAAGAAGAUCGUAAGCCCUCCAAUGCUGUACGAGGUCACUUUCUUGGAAGUAAGAACAAGAGUAAACCAGGAUAUCAAACGAGAUACUUCAUCAUCAAAAGUCUAAACUACGACAAUAUUCAACUCUCGGUUGAGAGAGGGAUAUGGGCUACUCAAGUCAUGAAUGAGCCUAUCUUGGAAGGUGCUUUUCAUAACUCUGGUCGAGUGGUUUUAAUAUUCAGCGUGAACAUGAGCGGAUUUUUCCAAGGGUAUGCAGAGAUGCUGUCUCCUGUGGGUUGGAGACGAGACCACAUAUGGAGUCAGGGAGGUGGUAAGAACAACCCUUGGGGACGCAGCUUUAAAGUGAAAUGGUUGAGGCUGAGUGAGUUGCCUUUUCAGAAAACACUUCAUCUCAAGAAUCCUUUGAAUGAUUACAAGCCUGUUAAGAUUAGCCGAGAUUGUCAGGAGUUGCCGGGAGAUAUUGGUGAAGCACUUUGUGAACUCCUUGAUGCGCAUAGCUGCGAUGACGGUUUGCUGAAUAGGUAUAGUUUGGUUCUUAGAUCUCUUUAUAUCUGCUUGUUCUUGAUAUUGGCGUGUGACAGCUCUUCUAGGGAUGAUUACUCAACAAAAAGGUCUCGCGUGGAACCUCCAUCUUCCUCAGGAGACGAAGAGUACAAUAACAAUAUGUGGGGCCAUUACCCUCCUGCGGUCUACUCAAACCAGGAUGACCUCAGCAGAUUCCAUCUUGCACAGCAGGGAGGAUAUGGUGUAGAGCAAGAAAAGUAUUUACAAUUCAACUCAUGGGGUUUGCCUUUGGAGAGCCCUCUAGCGAGUACCCUAACCGAUGAUGAUUUUCUUAACAUGUCUUAUGAAGAAUACGUUGAAAUCCACAGCAGAUGCAUGAGACAACUUGGUCUGCCUGUCAGUAUUGUCCAUCGUUGUUUAAUAUUCACUCUUCUAAACCUAUGGCUUGACUUUCUUUCUUUCUUUCUUUCUUUCUGUGCAGGUGAUUCCACAAUCGCAUGCCACACAAGAGCCAUCAAGUAAAACAGAUGAUGGAAGCAAUGGUUCUUCGAAAGACCGGUCAUCAUCAAGAAAGAGAGGACGGGAUUCAUCCUAGUGUUCAAGCUCGAACCUCUACCACUAAUUGCAUCAAAAACGCCCAAGAAUUUGUCCAUUUUGUUAGCAUGGUGAUGGAGAAGUUGUCGUCAUGCUGUAUUCAUGUUCAUUUAUUCUGGUGGUUUACAGAAACCAGAAUAGUGUAGCUAACCAGUUUCUUCCUUUUUUUUUUUUUUUUUUGCCAAAACUUGUACAGUUUUUAAUACGGCAACGCUUAAAGCUUUUGGAAAUCUAAAUCCUGAAUUAGGUUUGUGA